AUGGACAUAACGCGUGCGAUUACGUCGCACGUCAAGUCCGCCUCAUUCUCCUUCCUGACCGCCGAGGAGGUGCGAAGCAUCUCGGUGCGUCAGGUGGUGAAUCCCGUGCUGCUUGACAAUGCUAAUGCACCGACCGAGGGCGGUUUGUACGACCCGGCCUUUGGUCCUAUGCGUCUGGAUGAUAUUUGCCAGACGUGCCAUAUGAAUCACUUUGAUUGCCCUGGACACUUCGGACAUAUUGAGCUGCCUGCGCCCGUGUUUCAUCCUCUGUUCAUGAACCAUGCAUACACACUCUUGCGUGGCACGUGUCUGUAUUGCCACCACUUUCGAAUCUCGAGCAUGGCGCUGGCCAAGUACGCGGCGCAGUUCCGCCUGCUUGAGUAUGGUCUCGUGGAUGAGGCACACAAGAUGGCGUCCGAGCAGCUGCGUGGCGUCCCAAACACCGAUGGCGACGAAGACGAGCCCCUGGCACAGGCGACACAAGCCCCAGCGGCCGAGACGGUGCCCGAGUUUGUCGAGCGCAUUUCGUCUACAGUGCGCACGAUCAUAGCACGUGCAGAGAAGCGCGGCCUGCGCCGGCAUGCCGACAAGGGCAUGGCGACGUAUGCGGCUCGUCGCGAUCUGCGCAACGUGUUCCUCAAGGAUAUUUUGCGCCGCCGCUGCGACCGAUGCAGUGCUGUGAACCCGACGCUGCGAAAAGAUGGCUUUGUGAAAAUCACCGAGCGUGACCUGUCCGCACGCGACCAUGCGAUCCACGAGGCUCGCGGCAUCAAGCGGCCGAACGUGCUGCUGGACCGGACGUCGGCACAGGCCGAAAACGCCACCGAGACCGAGUCGACCAUGACCCUCAAGGAGGCACGUAAACUAAGCAAGGAGGCCGGUGACCAUACCCGUGUGGUGCCGCCAAGCGAGUGCCGUGCGAAUCUGCGGCGUCUGUUUGCCAAGGAGCGUGAGAUUUGUGCGCUCGUGUUUGGUCGGCAUCCCAUGUUUGGCGGCAAAGCGGCGCCAAGUGCCGAUGUAUUCUUCAUGGAGGUCGUGUGUGUGACACCGACGCGCUUCCGCCCAGCAAGUGUGAUGGGCGACCAGACGUUUGAGAAUGCACAGAACGAACUGCUGACCAAGGUGCUGAAUACGACAUUCUACGUGCGUGACUGUAACGACCGUGCUCAGCUCUUUCAGCGUAAAACGAACUAUCCUGUGCUGGACGGACUGGACGACGGACAGGCCGUCGCCGUGCAGCGGCAGUGGGAGCUCGACCGGCGCGCAGCGAUGGAUGCGCUCCUCUCGGCGAUGGUGCAGCUGCAGGUCAGUGUGAACUGCUACAUCGACUCGAGCAAGAACCCGUCACCACAGCGUCAGGGCCAGGCAGCGACACCAGGCGUUAAGCAGGGUCUCGAAAAGAAAGAGGGUCUGUUCCGCAAGCACAUGAUGGGCAAGCGUGUGAACCAUGCGGCCCGCUCAGUCAUUUCGCCCGAUGUGAAUAUCGAGACGAACGAGAUUGGUGUGCCUCCUGUGUUUGCGAAGCGACUGACAUACCCCGAGCCAGUGACGGUACACAACUACGAGCUCAUGCGCCAACUGGUGAUUCACGGUCCGGACGUGUACCCUGGAGCACACGCUGUUCGAGCCGAAGACGGCACCGAGACGUUGCUCAAGAACCUGAGUGUCGAGGAGCGCACUGCGCUUGCAAACCAGCUGCUGACACCGCAGGGCCAAACGUCGCGUCAGGCGCGCGGCACGUUUGGCGGCGUCGGUGGCACGUUGCGGACGCCCGUGACAAACAAGCAAGUGCUGCGCCACCUGCGCACGGGUGAUAUUCUCGUGAUGAAUCGCCAGCCGACGCUGCACAAGCCGUCCAUGAUGGCGCAUCGUGCGCGUGUGCUGCAGGGUGAGAGGACGAUCCGCAUGCACUAUGCGAACUGCAACUCGUACAAUGCAGACUUUGACGGUGACGAGAUGAACAUGCACUUCCCGCAGAGCCAGAUGGCCCGCGCUGAAUGCUACCAUAUUGCCAACACGGACAACCAGUACCUUGUGCCGACGAGUGGCAAUCCACUGCGCGGUCUCAUCCAGGACCAUGUCGUCGGUGGUGUGUGGAUGACGUCGAAGAAUACACUGUAUACCCGCGACGAGUACCAGCAGCUCAUCUUUGGCGCACUGCGACCCGAGACCUACGGCUUUGGUGGUCGCAUCCGUACGCUCCCGCCCGCCAUCUUUCGACCCGUGCCGCGGUGGACAGGCAAGCAGGUGAUCUCGACCAUUCUGCUGAACGUGACGCCGCCGCAUGCCCAGGGCCUGAACAUGAAUGCCAAGGCACGCGUGGGCGCCAAGUACUGGGGCGAGCAGCACAAAGAAGAGGAAGUUGUCGUUGUGCGCGACGGCGAGCUCUUGACAGGUGUGCUGGACAAGUCGCAGAUCGGUGCAUCGGCGUACGGUCUUGUGCAUGCGGUGUACGAAAUCUACGGCGCCGAAACGGCAGGGCGCUUGCUGUCCAUCUUCUCCCGCCUGUUUACCAUGUGGCUGCAGCACAAUGCGUUCUCGUGUCGCAUGGAUGAUCUGCUUCUCAGUGCAGACGGAGAUGCCAAGCGGCGGGAGCUGCUCAUGGCGGGAGCACAGCAUGGUCUCGAGGCGGCGCUGGGCAACGUCGGUCUCGGUGAUGAAGACAAGCAUGCGCCUGAGACACAGUACAAUCUGCGCGUGCGUCUCGAGGAAGUGCUGCGGGACGACAACAAGCUGGCGGCCCUCGAUGCAGCGAUGAUGUCGGCGUCCAACAAGCUGACGUCCUCGGUGAUCUCGUCCUGCAUCCCAUCGGGUCUGUGGCGCGUGUUCCCAGAGAACAAUAUGCAAAUGAUGGCGGUGUCAGGUGCCAAGGGCAGUGCCGUCAACGUAUCAUCGAUCUCGUGCCUGCUCGGCCCACAGGCCCUGGAGGGACGCCGCGUACCCGUCAUGGUCAGUGGCAAGACGCUGCCAUCGUUCAAGGCGUUUGAGACGGCCGCACGUGCCGGUGGCUUCGUCGCCGGCCGCUUCUUGACAGGUAUCGCGCCCCAGGAGUACUACUUCCAUUGUAUGGCCGGUCGUGAAGGUCUGAUCGACACGGCCGUCAAGACAUCGCGCUCAGGGUACCUGCAGCGCUGCUUGAUCAAGCAUCUCGAGGGCAUUUCUGUGCAGUACGAUCAGACAGUGCGCAACAGCGACGGCUUCGUGCUCCAGUUCCACUACGGUGAAGACGCUUUGGACGUCACCAAAAGCAAAUAUCUCGAUCGCUUCGACUUUACUGUGCAAAACUUUGAAAGCUAUCGCCGUCGCUACAACCCCGUGCAGCUGGAGGCGACGAUGGAGGUCGAGAAAGCCCCUGAUCACAUGAAGCGCGCGCUGAAGAAGCCACACAAGUAUGCCCCCACCAUGUCGGUAUAUUCCCCGGCGCGACACUUUGGCUCCAUGUCAGAGACAUUUGCCCAGAAGGUGGAGGAUUAUGUGGCUAAGAAUCCACAUGGCCUCCUUGCCCGCAAGAAGAAGGAUACCACGCCUGAGGGCGUGCCAAUGCAACUCGCACGGCCCAAGCUAAGUGCUGAGGCUUUCAAAGCGAUGACCAAGGUGCUGUACCAUCGCGGCCUUGUCGAGCCUGGCGAAAAUGUCGGCCUGCUCGCCGCACAGGGCAUUGGUGAGCCAUCGACACAGAUGACUCUCAACACGUUCCACUUUGCUGGACACGGUGCCGCGAACGUGACACUUGGUAUCCCGCGUCUGCGUGAGAUUGUCAUGACGGCAUCGAAGGACAUCAAGACGCCCGUGAUGCGCCUGCCGGUGUUGGCGGGCGUCACAGACGAGCAGAUGCGCACCUUCUGCAAGGACGGCAGCCGGCUGGUGCUCAGUCAGAUCAUCGAAGAGGCUAUUGUCACCGAGCGCGUGCUGCCGAAGACAGCGGCCAACGGCUACCAGCGCCAGAAGCAGUACACAGUGCGGCUGCAGUUCUACCCGGCUGAUGAAGUGCGCGAGGAGUACAAUGCGUCGACGGAACACGUUCUGCGUGGUCUUGAGGCCACAUUUGUGCCCCUGGUUGAGCGGGAGAUUGUGCGUGAGCUCAAGCGUCUGCGACGCGAUCAGGUGCGGCAGUCGCAGUCCAUCGGCCAGGGUCAGUCGUUUAGUGAGUCAGCAGAGGAGGAGGCGCCCGCUGCGCGGCGCCGUGAGGAUGACAGCGAUGACGAAGAAAAUGUGUCCGAAGCUGGAGACGACGACGAUGCAACGGCUGCCAAGCGACGCGCAAACGCUGGUUCCAAGGUUUCUUACGACGACGACGCCGAGGAUGCGACAGAUACAGCGGACGAUAUUGCUCGGGCGUUUAACGACGAGCAAGCCGACGAAGAAGAGCAAGAGCCGGAGGAGCAAGAAGAGGCCAUGGAGACGCGCGUAUCAGACCUAGGCGAGCGGCUGCAGAACGAGAGCAAGUUCGUGGUGGGCUUCCGCUUCGACAGCGCACAGGGCUCCUGGGCCGAAUUUGAUCUGCAGAUGCUCAACAGUACGGAAAAGAUGCUGCUGAUCAAUGUGAUUGAGCGCGUGUGCCGUGCAAGUGUCGUCCAUGAGAUCCCACGUGUCAGUCGUAUUAUGAUCCCGCCCCCGACACCAGGCGACUCGUCCGUGGCGCUUAUGGCGGAGGGCAUCAACUUACGUGGCAUGUGGGACUUUGGCUUCGGCGUCAUUGAUUUGAACCGAAUGUACACAAACGAUAUCGGUGCCCUUUUGCACAAUUACGGCGUGGAAGCGGCGCGUGCUGCAAUUGUCAGCGAACUGAAGGGCAUCUUCGACACGUACGGUAUCGGUGUGUCGAUGCGCCACAUGUUCCUCAUUGCCGACUACCAGACGGCGUUUGGCGACUUUAGGCCUUUCAGCCGCGGCGGUCUGGCAGAUGCGCCGUCGCCCCUGCUCAAGGCCAGCUUCGAGAUGACGAUGGCGUUCUUGAGUGGCGCAGCUCUAUUCCAGGAGGCAGACGACCUCUCGUCGCCCUCGAGUAACAUUGUGGUCGGUCGUCCGGUGCCUACGGGUACGGGCGCUACGACGAUUCAUAUGCCUCUGACGGCAUCUGCAUAG